UUCAAUGGUCCGUCGUCAUGUGAGAUGAGCUGAAGUUUAUACAAAUUAAACAUGGCGGCCGUGAGUGCUCAAAAGCAACGCCGCAGUUAACUCAGUAGGCUAGCGCAGAUAAGUACAUCAAUGUCUUUAGACGGGAACUGAAAGAACGACACUACCUGUAAAAACAACAGAAGUGGCAUAAAGCAAGGACAAAGAAAUCCAAAGGCAUCGGAACGCGUCUGGUUUCGCAAAUCACUGCUCUAAUUGUCAGGUAAACAAAACAAAAUAGCUAGCUAGCGUUAGCCUAGCUAACUAGACAACAAAUCACAAAGAUAAAGGCUACAGCAGUGAUGGCCCUCGCUGAGCCAGACUCCGAUGCCACGCCCUUCUUCAGCGAUGACAGCGAGGCCGAGGGGGCCGACGGGCCGGAGGCGGGGCUUGGCCAGGAGUUGCCGCCCAGCGGGGUGACCGAUCGGAGGGCGCAUCUGACCGUGGGUGUGCUCUGCUUCAUCAACCUGCUGAACUACAUGGACCGAUUCACUGUGGCUGGUGUUCUUCCAGACGUCGAGCAGUUCUUCCAGAUUGAUGACAGCAAGUCUGGGCUUCUGCAGACGGUGUUUAUCUGCAGCUAUAUGAUUCUGGCUCCGGUGUUUGGUUACCUUGGCGACAGGUACAACAGAAAGCUGAUCAUGUGCGUGGGCAUCAGCUUUUGGGCUAUGGUCACUUUAGCCAGCUCCUAUACGCCCAAAGACUAUUUCUGGGCGCUGCUCCUCACCCGAGGUUUGGUGGGGGUGGGGGAGGCCAGUUACUCCACCAUAGCCCCCACCAUCAUCGCCGAUCUCUUCGUGAACGAGAAGAGGACCCGGAUGCUCUCAAUCUUCUACUUUGCCAUCCCUGUGGGCAGUGGCUUCGGCUACAUUGUAGGCUCCAAAGUGAAUGAUGUGGCAAAGGACUGGCACUGGGCUCUACGGGUAACUCCCGGCUUGGGGCUGUUGGCGGUGCUGCUGCUGGUGGUGGUGGUGAAGGAGCCGAAGAGAGGGGCCAUUGAAGCUCGUCCAGAGCACUGCCUGCACAGAACCAGCUGGGCCUCAGACAUCCUGGCGCUCAGCAAAAAUAUGAGCUUCAUCCUCUCCACCCUGGGCUUCACCGCGGUGGCGUUUGUGACUGGAUCUUUGGCCCUCUGGGCCCCAACCUUCCUCUUCAGGGCUGCUGUCUUCACCGGAGAGAAGCCCCCCUGCCACUCUGAGCCCUGCGAUACCUCCGACAGCCUGUAUUUUGGGAUAAUUACCUGUGUGACGGGAAUCCUGGGCGUGGCCAGCGGAGUGGAGGUGAGCCGGAGGCUGAGGCAGACCACCCCACGGGCGGACCCGCUGGUCUGUGCGGCCGGCCUGCUCCUGGCUGCUCCCUUCCUCUACCUGGCCAUCGUCUGCGCGCAGGCCAGCACCGUCGCCACAUACGUGUUUAUUUUCUUUGGAGAGACCUUCCUGUCCAUGAACUGGGCGAUUGUAGCUGACAUACUGCUGUACGUUGUUGUGCCAACACGUCGCUCCACAGCCGAAGCAUUUCAGAUUGUGGUUUCCCACCUGCUGGGAGAUGCCGGGAGCCCCUACCUCAUUGGUGUGGUGUCAGACUCCCUGCGGAAAUCAGACUCGUACCUCUGGCAGUUCCGCUCUCUCCAGCUCUCCCUCCUGCUCUGCUCCUUCGUGGCUGUAGGGGGCGGGGCCUUCUUCCUGGCCACCGCCCUCUUCGUGGAGAAAGACCGGCAGCUAGCGGAGAGCUCUGCACACUCAGGCGAUGAACCCAUUGUCGUGCCAAAGAGAGGGAGGUCCACGAAGGUGCCCGUUUCCAGCGUUCUGAUUUGACGACAGGAGGAAGUUACGCUGGGAGAGUCCUGAGGAAGCUCCAGGGGGGAGUGGCCAAGCCUUUCUGCCAAUCCCGCCGCUGCACACACGAAUAGCCAAGGACUGUUUCCUGUUUAGGGAAUAUUUUAAUGGUUAUUUAUUACUAUUGUCUUUUUUUUUGUUUUGUUUAUAUUGCUGUUAAUUCUUUGUUUGGGAACAUUCUGAUUUGCUUGAAAAUGUACAAUUAUUGUAAGAUACGGACUUUCUAAGAUUGGUUCAGCAUAGCUAUCCGAGUUCCUUUCCCCUACUCUGUGUGUGUGUGUGUGUGUGUGUGUGUGUGUGUGUGUGUGUGUGUGUGUGUAGGUGUGGGGACAGGCUGUUUGCCGCAAUCCCAGUGCUGCCACUAGGGGCAGUGACAGGUAUGCAGUGACAGAUCUGUUUUCAUGAAGACGGGUUCAUAUAAUCACAUCUCACCGUCUGACGGAAGCCCGUUUAGAGUAUUUUGGGAGCUUGGAGUAAAAAAAGGGUUUAAGAGUACAAUACUGAAUUUUGAUGAGUGUCACUGUUUUAAGAGUUUAGGGUGGUUUGUUCGGAAUGCUCCCUUGUAGUUCCCUUGCAGUAUUUGCCUCACAGAAACCAGGGGUGGUAGUUGAAUUAAACCUGUUCUUGUCAAGGGGAAAGACUAAAAUAGUUAUGGCAAACUUCAGGGAUAUUUUACCACUUGUGUGUGUUCUGUUGUUGUGAUACUUUUCCAUUAAUUGCACAGUUUUCCGUUAUCUUGCCUCACCUAGUUUCUUGGGUCUGAAUCAAAAGCUAAAUUAAAGCGCUAUUAAAACGAAAAUGGAAACCAGCACAAUCUGCAGCUCUUUAGAACCAGGAGCGAGGACCACUGGUCUACUGUAUAAUCCUGCAGUGUAACUGCUCUACUGUAUAGUCCUGCAUUGUAAUGGACACAGCAUCAUGCUUCUACAUAUUUCUGGGUUUUACUUCAGUCUCGGACUAUUAAUCUCAUUGUCUUAAAGGGGCAGUUCACCCAAAAAAAUGUUAGAUACAGUUCCCCUUGAUAUAGUGGACCUCUCUGGAUCUCAUCUUCCAUACUAAUCAAUGCACCGUCAAUUUACAUGCAAAAAAAUCAACAGGAACAUCUCUGUCCGAAUAUACUGACGUAGUUACAGACUUCAACAGAGCUCAAAAUAGCACAUUUAAUCGAGAAUUAGUCAACCAUCCACUCAAGCACACACAAAUUCAAAAAGUCAUCAAAUCUCAAUGUAUUCACAUCUCAGCGAAACUAUCUGGAUGCUUAGAUGGUACUCUGGGUAAGUGAAAACGUACUUUGAUAAAAAUGUUUGGGCGAACUGCCCCUAUAAGACUACUAAUGGUUUUUUAGGUCAAUAUCAUUCAUAAUUAUAGUCUAUGUUCACCGAGCCAAUGACUAAUAACCAUGAAUGAUAACCAUGCUUCAUUGCUUAUCUUGGGAAUUAUACUUCCUUGUUUAGAAAUAAUAUGCAGGUUUGUUAUCGCAAUGUUCUGCAGUUAAACGUUUGAGGGACUGUGGAGAGACAUAGGGGUUCUUCUGGUGGCUAGUGGACUGGCUGCUGCUGAGGAAGCCUCUAUUUUGGGACAGGAAGUGCAGACUGUGGCUGUGUUCAAUGUAGUAGGAGUAGUAUGCUGGUGUGUGGUUGUGAACACUGGUCUGUUAGGCCAUUUCCUGUGUUUACAUGAUGCUCUCACAGUGAGUGACCUCCUCCUCCCAGGCCAAUCGGCAUGGAUACAGUCCCUGAUCUUCCUCACUAGUCGAGAUCUGACAGGACUUCCACCAAUCACAGAGUGCAAAGGUAGAACCGUGCAAAUGGUGAUUUUUAAAUAUUACUUCCUUGUCAUCCGCAGGGAACCUGGGAAUAUAUCCACAAAUCACACUUGCCAGUGGUCUGUCUGGUUGUGGCAAACAUACUUUGCCAUUGGCAGAGCCCCUCCGUUCAUAUACACUACUGGUCUCCAACCCUGUUCCUGGAGAGCUACUGGGCCUGCUGGUUUUUGGUUUCACCUGUAUAAUCAGCACCCUGCUGAGACACAGGUAGCCAGGUGAGGUGAGUUAGCUGUGUAAUCAUCUGCUCUAAUUGAUUAAGUGCAGAGUAACAACAGAAACCAGCAGGCCCUGUAGCUCUCCAGGACCAGGGUUGGAGACCACUGAAGCACAGUCAGCCGUCAAAGAACGUGAGGCAACUUGACUUGAACAUUAAUGAGGACUUUGGAAUAGUUUUCUUUGUUAUGCCUUUAUUGUAUGUUGAAGAAAUGAUCAUGAGAUGCCAAGGGUGGGCUUCAGUUUGAUUCCUUUUUUUUCUUUUUUGUUCUAACAAAGGCAAUUGUUAUAUUCUAACUAUGUUUUUUUUUUUUGUUUUUUUUAAAGAAACGUGUAACAAACAAUAUAAAAUUGCUUUUUAGUGUCAUUUUGUUGUCAAUUUUUUUUCAAUUAAAGGAUGGUUAAAAAUUG